AUGGAUAUGUACAAGUCAGAGGUCGAGGGGCUGAAAGCGGAAAAUAAAUGGGGAAAGGAGCAACUACAGCAAUUGACGGACGCCAUGUUUACUACAGAAGGUGAACUGCGAACACGCCGACAAGGAAACGAGGAAACUGAGAUUGCCUUCUUUGCCACGAUCCGUACAGCCCAGCCCCAUCUAGGCCAAGGUCAAACCGUCAUAUUUGACAACGUGGUAACGAACAUCGACUCGUCCAAUUCUAUUGGCGGAUACAACAAAAACACCGGUACAUUUACUGCACCUGUUAAUGGACUGUAUGUAUUCUCUGCAACGCUUCUCACAGUUUAUGAUCAGACAAGCCAUGCAAGCUUCUUCAAGAACAACCAACGACUCACCGUUAUGUAUUUCCAUGGAUAUACUAUGCAUGAUCUUGACAAAACGUCACAGACAAUUGUCCUUGCCCUCAAACAUGCAGACACCAUUUCGAUAAGACAAACUGAGAACGACAAAAGCUAUUUCCCUGAUGACCACUGUUUGUUUUCUGGCUUUCUUCUCAGGCAGCACUAUUCUGGUGUAAUUGUUGGGUGA